AUGACAAUCACAGCAACUCCAGUUAUCAAGAAUGGCUGCCUCACGAUACACGGCAAGGUUAUCUUAACCGGAGUCCCGGAAAAUAUCGUCAUAACUCCAUCAGCCAAAGGAUCUGCUUUUAUUGGAGCAAACUCGACAAGAUUAAGUUCUCAUCAUGUUUUCAGUCUUGGAGUUCUUGAAAAUUGCAAGUUCAUGUGCCUUUUCAUCGCAAAAAUAUGGUGGAUGAUACCGCGUGUUGGUAAAUCGGCGAGUGAGAUUCCAAUGGAAACUCAGAUGCUUUUGCUUGAAGCUCGACAAGAAUCAUCCAUGCUCGGUAUCGAAGAUGAAGUAAACACGGCCGACAACAAUACGAGCCAAGAUAAGUUUUAUAUUCUCGUGUUGCCUGUUCUUGAUGGAGCCUUUAGGACAACUCUGCAAGGGACAUCCUCGAAUGAGCUUCAGUUCUGCUACGAAAGUGGUGAUCAUCAAGUUCAAACUUGUCAAGCACUAGAAGGAGUUUUUGUCAACUCAGGGGACAGCCCUUUUGAACUGAUCAGGGAUUCAAUCAAGAUACUUGCUAAACAUAAGGGUACAUUUAACCACCUUGAGAGCAAAAAGUCACCGGCUCAUUUGGAUUGGUUCGGUUGGUGCACUUGGGAUGCUUUCUAUACUGAAGUCACUCCAAAUGGAAUCAAAGAAGGUCUUCAAAGUUUCAAGGAAGGAGGGAUUUGUCCCAAGUUCCUGAUCAUAGACGAUGGGUGGCAAGAAACAGUAAAUGAAUAUCGAAAAGAAGGCGAGCCUUUUAUGGAAGAAACACAGUUUGCCACCAGACUAACAGAUAUCAAAGAAAACAGCAAGUUCAAGGGAUCAAAUUCGGAUGGCACGAGCACAAACCUAAAAGAGCUAAUCCACUACAUCAAGCAAAACUAUGGACUAAAGUAUGUGUACAUGUGGCAUGCUUUAGCCGGAUACUGGGGAGGUGUACAUUCCUCAUCCGAGGCACUCAAAAAGUACAAUCCGAAGCUCGAAUAUCCGCUUCUAUCACCGGGGAAUAUCGGGAAUAUACGAGAUGUGGCCUUAGACAGCUUGGAAAAAUAUGGAGUUGGAGUUAUAGAUACUCAUAAGACUUAUGACUUUUACAAUGAUAUGCAUAGCUAUCUUGCUAGUAGUGGGGUCGAUGGAGUAAAAGUCGAUGUUCAAAAUCUGUUGGAAACCUUAGGAUCCGGUUAUGGUGGACGGGUUUCGAUUACUGAACAGUAUCACAAGGCACUUGACGAGUCUAUCGAGAAAAAUUUUCGUGAAAAUAACUUGAUUUGCUGCAUGUGCCACAAUUCGGACUCGAUCUUUAGUUCUAAGAAGAGUGCAACUGCAAGAGCAUCUGAGGAUUUUAUGCCGAACGAACCGACUUUUCAGACAUUGCAUAUUGCAUCUGUGUCUUUCAACAGUCUUCUCUUAGGCGAAGUUGUUGUGCCAGACUGGGAUAUGUUCCAUAGCAACCAUAACACAGCUGAGUUCCACGGCGCAGCAAGAGCAUUGGGCGGUUGUCCAGUUUAUGUUAGUGACAAGCCAGGAAAACAUGACUUCAACAUUUUAAAGAAACUUGUUCUUCCUGAUGGAUCCAUCUUGCGGGCUAAAUAUGCGGGCCGGCCCACUCGAGACUGCCUCUUUGUCGAUCCUGUCAUGGAUGGCAAAAGCUUACUCAAAAUAUGGAACUUGAAUAAAGAAACCGGAGUAAUUGGAGUUUUCAACUGCCAAGGGGCCGGGAGUUGGCCUAUGAAAAAAGCUGUCGAGAAUCUUACGCCUUCAGCUAAACGGCUCUCGGCUCGUGUUAGCCCACUCGACGUUGAAUUUCUCGACGAAAUUGCAGGGGAUAGCUCUACCGAAGAUUCUGCUAUAUAUGCAUUUAACUCAGGUUCACUUUAUAGAUUGCCAAAUAACAGAACUGUUGAAGUGUCUCUAGAUGUAUUACAAUGCGAGAUAUUUACAGUCUCCCCAAUAAAAGUGAGUGGAUUGUAUGUAAGUUUGGUAUCAUUUCACAAUUUACUAUCUGAUACAGUACUGAAAUGGAGACCGAAAAAUCGAACAUUUGUGAACGGGUGUUCAAAGAAAGCAUCGAUUUUGCACCAAUUGGCUUAG